CGGAAGCGGCCCCUCCCGGCGGCGCGCGGCACGCCGGGACGUGUAGUUCUGAGGCGGGGCGGGGCGGGAGCGCGGCCCGGGCCGGGCUGUGCUGGGCUGUACCAGGCCGGGCUGUACCGGGCCGUGCUGUGCCAAUCCCUGACAGGCCGUACUGAGCACUGCUGGGUCAUACGCUGAACCUGAACUUGUACCAGGCCGUGCUGAGCCACGUCGGACCCUUUCGACCUGUGCCAGGCCUCACUGAGCUGUGGCAUGCUGUGCCAGGCUCUACCAGGCCAAACGAGGCCAGGCUGGGCCUCACCGAUCCCUGCCAGGCCGUGCUGAGCUGUUCAUGCCAUACCAACCUGUGUCAGGCUGUGCUGAGCCAAGUCAGGCCCUGCUGAGCUGCACCAACCUGUGUCAGGCUGUGCUGAGCCCUGCCAGACCCUUUCAAGCUGUGCCAACCUGGGCCAGGCCCUCCCACGCCAUACCAAGCCCAACCAGGCUGUGUUGGCCCAAGCCCUGCCAGGCUGUGCCAAUCCCUGCCCAGCCAUACUGAGCACUGCCAGAUCGUGCUGUAGCAACCUGUGCCAGGCUGUGCUGAACCACGUCAAGCCCCUUUGAGCUGUACCAACCCGUGUGUGGGAUUCCCCUGGAAAGGCAGGCUGAAAAAAAGGGAAAGGCAUAAUUGGGUGAAAGGUGGAAAACAGGACUAGGCAAAGGUCUGGUAGUGGUUUUCUGCCUAGUAGUCCUGUUUACCCUUUUGGUACAUGGCCUGCAGCGGUUGUGUCGCUGGGGAACAGAUAAACCUGACUGUCCCUCCCACUCAUGGCCUAGCUAAUGCCAAGAGCCUGACCCAGCCCCAGCUUGGUGGAUUACUGGCAAGUGUGCGGCUUGAUUAUAUGAGACAAAAUGGUGCUACACUGAAUGAGGACCACAAAAUGACGCUCACAGGUAUGGCUCCGUGCCUCUAGGAUGAGGUAAAGAAGUGCAGCUAACUCCUGUAGGACCCAGGGGAGGUUUUCCUUCCACUUCCAUGAGGCAAGUCUAGCACAGCUUAUCGGACUAACCCCGUUUAGCAGAAGCAGUGUGCACUGUAGUGAUUAAGUAACAAACUCAGCAGAGAUCAGAUGCUAGCAGAGUAUAAAACAGUGCAGGGACCACUAUGGAGUGGGAUCCCCUCCCAGCUGGGCUGAGCCCCACACUACACACAACAACAUCUGAACCGACCAGUGAACAUCAGGUCGUAUUAUCCUCCCUAAGAAUAUCUAGAAAUCUCCCUUCUUGUCAGGGGGUGUUGGUUAUGGCCCACUCUCAAGGCAUGUGGUCUAAUACUGUGCCUUGGGGGGAAUCAGUGGACUCCAUUACUUGGCAAUUCAUGGAAAACCAAAAGUACACAUCCUGCUCGCACCCCUCCCCCUUUACCGUGUUAGCUGUCGUAUGCUUUGCCGAGACCGUUUGCUUGUUUGUGUGUGUUUGGAAUUGUUAUCUGUUGAGUGUUUGUCAACUGAGAUUGUAAAUGCCAUCCAGAGGAUAGAAACCCUGCACAAAGAACAGAAGAAGGCGGGGGGUGGGGGAAGGAAAAGCAUGAUAUGCUCAGUCCCAGAAGCAUGUCUGUCUGUCAUGGGCUCAACAGGAGCCUACCCCAAUUGGGAGAUGGCGUUUAAAGAACUUAAUGCUGAGUUAGACAAAACUAAAGUAUCUCUACCAAUGAACUGAAACAGGAGAAACAGAGAAGUCAGGACUAUAAAGCUGAAGCCGACAGGCAGAGGAGAUAUGCAGUCUGUUUGGAAACUACAAAUAGCAGCUCACAAUUGGAAUUAGAAGCGGUGAGAUGGGAAGAAGAGGAUCAAGAAGCAGCCCUUGCUGAAUCUGAAACUCGGGAAAGAAAGUUACAAGAGGAAUUGAAAUUAAUAUUAUAUUGCAGAUGUCCACCACCUGUGAGCCUUUAAAGGUUCCUAAUCUGGUGUCUGAUGUCGACCCCAGGACAUGGGAUGGCGAUAUCUGGGACUCUAGCAAUGACAAGGGACCUCCCCCUACAACCACACUCAGACCCACUGUAAAGAUGGAAAUGGUGACUGAGGCAGGAGGGAAUGACCAGCCUGGGCACAUUUCCACCACCACCAGGGCAAUUCUGUGGUCCCUGGCUGAGCUAGCUAAAUUACAGGAGAAAUACUCCAGGAGACUGCAGGAAUAAGACUGAAUAUCUUCGUAGGGUGUCUUUGACAGGAGGAGAUAAAAUUAUGUGAAGUGAUAUGGAAGCCAGUGGGUUUUGGGGUCCUGACAUCUUUCUCAAUAUGAUACCAGGACUUAGAAAAUCACUCUCUGACCACCCAUGCGGCGUAUUGGGCAGGAGAAAUUGACCUGCAGGACUGGGGUUACCCAUUAGUCAUAUGAACAGCCAGAUUUUCAGACUUCAUGUCAUCUGCCUGGUCAAAAAGCUGCCUGUAUCCAGGCCGUGUACCAACAAGGGCUGGUAGCUGAGUCUCUUAUGCUGGCUCCCCUCAAUCCUGAUGGACUCACUCCCCUAUUCCGAGGUCUCCCUCAUAGCGUCAAGACAGGGGAGAGGACCUUGUGAGUUGUGAUGAACCUGAACCAAAAGUCUUGAUGCCCCAAGCUGUCUCAAUCCCUACUGAGCUGCAUCAAUCUGUGCCAGGCUCUACCAGGCUAUACUGGGCUGGGCCAGGCCAUGGCAGGCCGUGCUGUACCAGACUGUGCCAGGCCGUACCAAAACAUGCCACGCUGUGCCAAGCUGUGCCAGGUUGUGCAUUGCAAGCAGCAGUGGCAGUGGGUGACAUCAGGUGGCAGAUCGAAGGCUGCCCGUGGCUUAUCAGCUCCCGCUGGCCGUGUUUGCCCAGCGGUGCCUGGGCGGGAACUGCUGCCCCCCUCCCCCUCCCCCCCCCAGGCUGCCAGUGGGGGUGUAUGGGGAGGGAUGGCAGCCCGGUGGGGCAUGGCUGGGGCUGAGACCUCAGCUUGGUCCCCACAUACAGGGUGGGGUGGGUGAUGGCCGUGCCCAGGGCUGCACCAUCCUCAGCAGCACUGGGGAAUAGCUCACCCCAGGGUACAGGGCCAGACCAGGAGCUGAUGUCAGCCCCCAGGGCAGAAUGGCUCUGGAGCAGGUUCUGCCCAUCCCUGAGCCCAGUGUGUGGUGUCCUACCUAAGAGCCCCAGCAAGAGCUGCAGCAGGGGAGACAGGACUGAGUCAGACCGGUGACCAUUCCAUGCGUGUCCUCCUGCUGUCAUCUGUGGGUUUUCCCAUUCCUCUGGCCACCCCGUGUCCCCCAGUUAUCCCAUGUCCACUGUCUGUACUCUGCACCUCUCUGGGUGGCCACACCAUCAUGUCCCAGUGCCAGAACAGAAAUGGCACAGCAGGACCACAGCCUUCUCCUGACAUCAGCUGCUCUGUUGUCAUCUCUAUCCCUGCAUGGACCAACACAAUCCCGGGCCAUAGGGGGGACACAGGGCAUCCCAGCACCCUGUCUGUAAUGACAGUGCUGCCCCUGCCCUGGGGCUGGCCCAAUUCUCCCCACAACAGCGUCCUCCUCUCUGCAUCCAGCACUGCCCGACAGAGACACCAGCCCCAGCACCCGAAGUGCCUUUCCUGCUGUGCCCUGAGACCCCAAAAUGUCCAACCCUCACCCCAGGGCUGGUGCCGGAGCCCCACAUCCAUCUUGGGGUCUGCAGGGAGCGUGGGGCUGCAGAUGGGGAUCGGGAGCUGCACGGGGGGGUUAGCAGCACCGUGGGACCCCUCGGAGGCUGCAGCCCGGAGGCUUCACCCACCACAGCCGCAGCUCUGUUUGCACAGGCAGCGCUCGAUAAGCACCGUGUUCUUCAGAAGAUCCCCUACUCCAGGAGUCAAAAUAGCAUGAAAUUUAAUUUUACGCCUAUUUGACAAAGCUUGAUUUUACCUCCAAUCAGCGGGGAGAUAAGAGCCCUCGGUACAAGUGUGCGGGCAGUUUGGCAGCUGGGGCUGCCGAUUUAAUAGGUGAAUCUACAGGAACAACACUUGAAAAUCCCCUGGCGAGUGAGCCAUUAAGGUGAGCCCUGCCUUCCGUCCCCGCGUCCCUCCCCGCGCCGCUCUCCCGUUGCUGGGUGCUAAAGCAAACCCUGGCUCUGUUUACCGAGUCUACUAUUACAAUACGGCUACCAAAUAUUUGCCAGCCGUCAUCUCGCUGCUCCGCUAUAAAUACUUCAGGCCCAGGUGGAGGGACAGCAAAGGGGGAACGGCGCGGGAGCCUAUGCAUGGCCGGGCAGCAGAGCCAAGGGUGAGCCCAGGCCCCGGGGUGUCCCUUUGCACCGACAUGGCUGCCGGCGUCAUCCAGCCGCUGGCCGAGCUGCGGCUGCCCUCACCCUUCCCGCACGGCCUGCUCCUGCCUGCGCGCCCCGAGCCCGACUUCCCCGACCUCUCUGAGGAGGACGACGAAGAAGAGGAGGAGGAGGAGGAUGAAGAGGAGGCAGCAGAGGAGAGCGCCGGCUGCAGCGGGCCGGAGCCAGCAGGCCCCAACGCCGCCGAGACCACACUGCGGCUCCUGCGCUUCUCAGAGCUCAUCAGCUGCGACAUCCAGCGGUACUUCGGGCGGCGGGGCCGGGAGGAGGCCGCUGGCGGCCACAGCGUGCCCGAGGACUGCAGCUCGCCCCACAGCUCGCCCCGCGACGCCAGCCUGGGGCACACGGCACGGGGCGGCCGGGCGCAGCCGGAGGCGGCACUCGGCGGCCAUGGGGCUGCGCAGAGGUUGGGGCCGCUGGCCGAGCUCUUCGAGUACGGCGUGCACCGGUGCCUGGCGCCGCGGGUGGUCAGCGGGAAGACGCAGCGGCUGGAGAGGAAAUACGGCCACAUCACCCCCAUGCACAGGAGGAAACUGCCGCCCUCCUUCUGGAGGGAGCCGGGUCCCGGCCCUGGCAGCCUCCUGCAUGCCAGCACCCCCGACUUCAGCGACCUGCUGGCCCACUGGACGGUAGAGCCGGGGCCAGAGCUGCCGGGCAGCGGGCGGGAGCUGCCGCCUGUGCUGGGCCAUGCGGGGCUGGAGGCCGAGCCCUACAGCGGGCUGUGACCCACUGCAGCCCCGGGCCGCCACGCGCCGCCCGGUUAAUGAGCAACCCACGGGCAAUGGGACACCUGGAGCCAGUGGGUCAGAGCCAGCAAUAGGAUGAGUGAAUAAAUGACUCCCGCAGGCA